GUUUUUUUUUAAAGUCAAAUACAUAACAAUGUCUUUUUGUUCAAUUAUUCCUCUUUACGCCACAUUACUAACACGCGAGACGACAACAACAACAUCGGCAUUGCUUGCAGUCGCUUUAACGAUGUCUGAAAGUGAGGAAGUUAAGCAGAUUGACUGGAUGUAUCCCGAUCUGAUGCCUAGGGAUGAAUUAGUUUCAAUAUUAAAACAGAGAUACAUAAAGACAGAGUCUUUGGAACUGCUAAACAAGGACGAGCUGGUAGAGUUGUACAAUGAAUAUAUUAUUCCUCUACCACAGAGGAAAUACAGACCAAAUAGACGAGGGCGAGAGAUGACUAAAAAACAAAUCAUAGCCUCCAAAAAACGGAGGCUUGAGUCCUCAGAUGAAGCGUCAGAUGAUCAACCAAAAAAUAAGAGAAGAUCAACAGGGAAUUUGCUGACCUCUUUUGACCUUCCAGCUUCUGGGACAGGAGAUAGGCUAAAACCUCCACCAUCUUGUAUCAACUUUGAAAAGAAGAAAAUCAAGCUUUCAAAUAGUACUAAACCUUCAUCAGAUAUGGUCUCUUCCUGUUUAGAUAACAUAACCAUUAAAAAAAGAAAGGAAGUGAAACAUGAAAAUGAGGCAGUGAAAAAGAUCAAAUUAACGAAUAAUUGUGAAAGUGAUCCUGAAAGUGUGACAAUGAAGGAAGGGAAAAAACCCGUCCAAACUGAAAACUCAGUAGAGAAUGAUGUGGCUGCUAAUGAGACACAGAAGAAGAUAAAAAAGAUUUUAUGGCCAUAGAAACUUUACUUAUGAAAUAGAAAUGUUAAAUAUUACGCAGUGAUAAUGAUGUGAGCAAUGGAUUUUUUCUUACUUAACUAAAUACACUCACUUGUUGUUUUAUGUAAGGAAAUAAAAUUAUUUUAACUAUAAGCUUGUGAUAUAACAGUAUCUCAUUAUAAAUGAAAACAUACA